UGAUUUUCUCAUUCUUGGGAGUCCAAUCGGCAUGUCCUUCUUCUCUUUGACUUUUCCUGACGAAGGAUCACCGUAACCAGGAAAGGAAAAGAAAACAAGAAAAAUAAAAAGAAAAAUAAAAAAUCAAAUCAGCCCCUCCCUGAAGCUUCCAUUCCCUUGGUUCUCUUGUAUCAUUCUUUUCUAAUCUCCCUAUUCUCCUGUUGGGCUGAGGUCUAAACACUGCUCUCUUCCCUCUUUUCUUUCGCUUAUCUCUUCUAGACAUUUUCCACCUUUUUAUUUUUAUUUGAUUGACCUCCCCAAAAUCCUCAUUCCAUCUCGAUUCGCAUACCGACGAUUGAAUCAUCCCUCCUUUGAUUGCGGCCAAAACCCGCAGCGAGUUUCUUAUCGCAUACCCCCCUAAAUAAACAUCAAUUUUGGAGCGCUUCGACGAGGGCAGCAUUGGAACAAGAAACUAUACCCAGCCGCAAUGGCAUUCUCCGAUGUUGGCCUGAGGGGCCUCCAUCACCUCGUCCGACGGGACAGUGAUAACCCAGCCGACACUCCGCCCACGGCAUCGGCACUCGUCACUACUCUUGUGCCGGCUUUGGUGUCAGCCGGAGCGAUGGUUCUGAUCUUCCUAAUCCUUCGUCGCAGUCAGCGCCGGAUGUAUAUGCCACGAACCUACCUAGGAGUCUUGAAGCCGUGGGAGCGUACACCUCCCACCUCUACUACCCCAUGGGGUUGGAUCAUUGACAUGUACAAAUUGCCCGAUGAAUAUGUGCUGCAACACCAUUCGAUGGACGCUUACCUUCUCAUUCGCUUCCUUAAAUUGGUAUCCAUGAUAUGCUUCGUGGGCGCGUGCAUAACGUUCCCUAUCUUGUUUCCCAUCAAUGCAACCGGAGGGGGAACUAAUGUGCAAUUGAAUAUUCUGAGCAUGUCCAACGUUCAAGAAAGCAAGUACGAGCGUUACUUCGCCCACGCCUUUGUUGCAUGGCUCUACCUCGGAUUUGUCAUGUAUACCAUUACACGUGAGAGUAUCUUUUACAUCAAUUUGCGCCACGCCUACGCCCUUUCCCCAGCCUACGCCAGCCGGCUUUCGUCUCGGACCGUGCUAUUCACAGCUGUUACUGAGGACUAUCUCAACCGUGACAAGAUUCGCAAAAUGUUCGGUACUGACAAAGUGAAGAAUGUCUGGGUUACUACCGAUACGUCCGAAUUGGACGACAAAGUAAAAGAACGUGAUGAUGCUGCCAUGAAGCUCGAGGCCGCGGAAACGAAGCUCAUUACUCUCGCGAACAAGGCACGCCUCAAGGCCAUGAAGAAACAGGGCUAUGUUGAAGAAGGCCCCCCGACCCCCAGCGAAGAACCCAGUGAUGAGUCGGGCUCAGUUGCGGCCCGCUGGGUGAAACCGUCCGAGAGGCCCACACACCGACUCAAAUUACUCAUUGGAAAGAAGGUUGAUACGAUCAAUUGGGCCCGAUCCGAAAUUGAGCGCCUAAAUCCCGAGAUCGAGGAGCUGCAAGCCAAGCACCGAGCUGGCGACGCAAAGUUGGUUUCGUCGGUUUUUGUCGAAUUCUAUCAUCAGGCGGAUGCUCAAUCUGCCUACCAGUCUGUGGCUCACAAUCUUCCUCUUCACAUGGCACCGCGUUACAUUGGCCUGGAACCCACUCAGGUUAUCUGGUCUAACCUUCGUAUUCGGUGGUGGGAACGCGUUAUUCGGUACUUCGCAACUAUCGCCUUCGUUGUCGCUCUCAUCAUCUUUUGGGCAAUUCCCACGGCUGUGGUGGGUUCCAUCUCGAACAUCACUUUCUUGACUGAGAAGGUCCCUUUUCUUCGCUUUAUCAACGAUGUCCCAAGCUGGAUCCGAGGUGUCAUCACUGGCCUUCUCCCCACUAUUAUGCAGUCCGUGCUCAUGGCUUUGUUGCCGAUUAUACUGCGAUUGAUGGCCAAGCUUGGUGGUGCGCCGACCGCCGCGGCUGUUGAGCUGACUACCCAGAACUUCUACUUCACGUUCCAAGUCAUCCAAACAUUCUUGGUUGUCACUGUUACGUCUUCCGCUUCUAGUGUGGUCUCGGAUAUUAUCAAUAAUCCUACAUCUGCUGCGUCGCUCCUAGCUGAGAAGAUCCCGCAAGCUUCCAACUUCUACAUCUCUUAUAUCAUCUUGCAGGGGUUGUCGUUCAGUGCUGGUGCGCUUCUUCAGAUUUCCGGUCUAAUCCUGGGCAAGGUCCUAGGCACUUUGUUGGACAAUACCCCCCGUAAGAUGUUCACUCGUUGGUCCUCCCUAGCUGGUCUAGGCUGGGGAACGGUAUACCCUGCGUUCACCUUCCUGGUAGUAGUUGCCAUCACCUACUCUUGUAUCGCUCCCUUGGUUCUCGGGUUCGCGACCAUUGGUCUGUACCUUUUCUACUUCGCUUACCGGUACAACAUGCUGUAUGUGUCCAAUGCGGACAUUGACACUCAGGGCAAAGCCUACACACGCGCCCUGCAGCACAUCACCGUUGGCUGCUACCUGCUUAAUGUUUGUCUCAUUGGUCUCUUCGCUAUUGCAACCGGUGCUCGUCGAAUUGCCCUCGGUCCUCUCAUCCUCAUGAUCAUUUCUCUUAUUGUCAUGGUCAUCUACCAUGUUUCUCUGAACCAGGCGCUGGAUCCUCUCAUCAACUUCAUCCCUAAGAACCUGGAAUCGGAGGAGGAGGCUCUUCUUAUUCAAGAGAAGGGCGAGCUUGCUCCAUCUGCCGGCGAGCACUCAGAUGACGCCGGCGCCAGUGGCCCUGGAAAGGAGGGCAUUGACAAUGGCGUGACCAACGUUGAUUCGGCUGAAAAGGGCUUAACCGGACCAGCUCCGGAGCCGAAGGUCAACUUCCUGACCAAGUGGUUGCGCCCGGACAAGUACGAUGGCUACACCCAGCUGCGGCGUUUUGUCCCCAACGCCUCGGCUAUCACCACCUAUACCCCCGAAGUUGAACGCGACGCAUAUUUCCACCCUUCCAUCACCUCCCAGCCUCCUCUCCUUUGGAUUCCUCGUGAUGAAAUCGGCGUGAGUAAGCAGGAAAUCAAGCAUACCUCGCGGGUGAUCGCCAUCACCGAUGAGGAUGCAUGGUUGGACGAGAAGAACAAGAUUCACUGGGACAUGGACAAGGGUGUUCCGCCUAUCUACGAAGAGAAGAUCUACUACUAGUCACUCAUUUGAACUCUGACCCAUGUUCUGCCGAAUCGGAACAUGUCUUGGAAAGAAUGUUUUGCUUUCUGUUUGAUACCCACGUGGCCGUUGCUGGUCUCUUUAGCAGCAACCCUGAGAUAUUAUGGUCCUGACUGGUCUGUUAAUACUUAAUUUAUAUAUGAGCUGCGAUUACGAUGGACGCUUUGACAGGAUCUGUGAUGUUGAUUAGUUGAUUGAUGUCUUGAAUAUGAUCUGUGGUUCGCUUUAUUCCUAGCAGUGACUUUCGCCGCUUAAUCCAGGACCUAGUUCCCUUUAGAAGUUGUAGAGCUUGAAUAAUAAAGUCUCUUCAAACUUCUGAGAUGGAGUGCACACUUGGACAAAUAC